AUGUCUUCUCUCCUAGACCCCAGUGAUCCUAGCCAUAAGGAUCUUCAAUCUGGUCUCGCUUACUACCAGCAGAUUUUGGAAAAAAGGCUUCAACGAAAGGGAGAGAGGCCAAGGGACUACCAAUCCCGAGCACAGUGUAUCUACCUGUUGAAUAAGAUUGCUUUCGAGUGCAUGGUGCAUGAUACUCAUAGCGAUUAUUUUGUGGUGCUAAUGGCUAUGGAAAACCCAUAUCCCCCUUCUGUUGCUGCCAUGGGAGAGCUCAAGAAGCUCAUGAUCGAGGACCUGCAGAUCGAAACCAACCACCGCGGCUCCUAUAUUCUCCUCAGGUUCGCCUAUACCGCUUCACGACUCACUGAUGUCACGAAUGUCGCGGAAGACGAAGCCGGUUCCCCUAUUCUGUUUAUCCUCAUCAUGCAGGAGCGUGAAGCGGUCCGAAGAGCUGACACGAUUCUCAAGGAGAAUGGCGUUAUCAUCCUCAAGGAGCCUUUCUUAACGAGCGUUAAAGAGGGGGGAUAUUGCAUCAGAGUGGACCAUCCCACAGACAUUGUAUGGUUGGCCGAGGAUGACGCCCGGAUUCCGGAGAAGUGGAGGGUGAAGGCUGCCAAAAUGCCGAAAUCUGCUGAGCACUGGAAGAUGAAGGGAAAUGAGAUGUUUGGUGAGGCGAGCUACUAUGAGGCCAUCGAUAUGUACUCGAAAGCUCUUCGAUCGAAUCCGUCAUCAGAAGAAAAGGACAUGCUGCACAGAAACCGGGCUCUGGCAUUCCUUCGAAUCGAAGCUUACGAUGCUGCGAUGGACGAGAUCUCGUGUCUGGCAAAAGUCGACGAUAAGGGGCUACAUCGAUGGGCACUUGCUCUGUAUGGGCUCGGCAGGUUUGACGAAGCACUGAAGGUAUUACAGAGACUUGUCAGCACGUAUCCGGAUAGUGCCAUUGGAAAGCAAGAGCUCGCUCGAUGUCGCUUGCGCCUUGCGGAACAAGAGAGUGGAAUUUACGAUUUCCAAGCCCUCUACAAGGCAGCAAAACGACGCCCGCCACGAUUGGACAUUGCAACUUAUCGGGGUCCGGUCGAGGUACGGGCAUCGGCCGGUCGAGGCAGAGGGUUAUAUACCACAAAGCCAGUGCAGGCAGGCGAUCUACUACUCUGCGAGAAGGCUUUCGCCUACUCUUACGCCAUGAGCCAAGAGGACAUCGCCAAACAAUCUUCCAUGGAUUUGGAGACGAGAAGGCGGGAGGUGUGCUAUUUGUUCCAUGUACCCAUGGAGAAGAUUACUGUCGGCACACACCCACAUAUCAUCAACAAAAUCUCGACUCAGCUUAUUCUGAACCCCUCGCUGAAACCCGCUUUCGAGGAUCUCUAUCACGGCGACUACCAAAGCAACACGACUCCACCGAGCGAUGGUAGUACGGUGGUCGACACAUUCUUGGUGGCAAGGACAGUUUACUUCAAUGCUUUUCGCAGUCCUCUGACCUCGAGACAUAAGACCAGAAAUCCUGAGGAAUACUCGGAUCCAUCGCUAUGUACCUCGGGCCUCUGGAUUUUAGCAUCGUACAUCAAUCAUUCUUGCGAGCCUAAUUGCAGGCGUGCGUUUAUUGGAGAUGUGCAAAUUGUCCGAGCUGCGAGAGACAUGCCUGCCGAUACCGAGAUUACUCUCAGCUACAUCGAGACGGACGAUCCGGCGAAGAUGAACCAGAGACUGUUCGAUGGCUGGGGAUUCGACUGCACAUGUGCUAUGUGUGUUGAUGAUCGAGAGACGCCUGCUGCUGUCAAAAACCGAAGACAGAGACUGUUCGACAAAUUCAGCGCGACUACUGAUGUCAAGAAGAGGAAAAGCAUCAUUACCCUUCUCGACAAGACAUACCGGCAUCCGCCAGUCGUGGUCCCGAGAAUUCGCAUGUACCCUGUCCACUUGCUCAUGGCACUGGACGUCGUCAACCCGCGGCGGAGAGACGCCGGCGAAACAAUUGGGCGGAUUCUCGCCGCGUUUGAGAGCCUAGGCUUCAUUAUUGAAGGGGCCGUCCUUGUUCCCGGCGAAAGAAUCGUCGUGCGCCGAUGGGGCUUCGCUCAUGACAUGGUCACCAUAGGCUGGUUGGAACUUUGCUCUAUCUAUCAAGCACUGGGAGAAGAUGAGCUGGCUGAGCAAGCAAAGGAGCUCGCGCGGAUCACGACGGUGUUGCUCUUUGGGGAGGAUACGACGUUUAACUGGGCGAGGCUUGCUUCCUAG